ACGGAAAGCUUCAAUCAAACGUCAAAAAUCAAUUUGAGAAAAAACACGACUUGUGUUUUCGGGAAUUGCAGUGAAUUAUGAAAAUGCUUACUUUGUGCUGUUUUUAAACUAAUUAUGGAGACACCGAGAGUGUUGUCUGGACACGCUCUAGUAGCAAAAGGCAUCACCAAGAUAGAUGCUUCUCUACCCGAGGUGGGCUUGAAGGAUGUCGCACCAAAUGGCUCCUGGCUGGAACAGAAGCAGAUUCAAGCCGCAUUGGAAGCUCGCAAGUACCUGAUUGAGGUUGAGAGGAUUGAGAAAUGUGGCACACUAAGUCAUGCUGAAUGGCGAGAUGACCUGAUGCUAGCUGAAGUGACACAGAAGGUUGGUGGAUAUUGGCAAUACCUUGGCCACAAUGUUGGCAAGACUUUGUAUCUUCAACCUGAAGAGGCAUUGUUCUUAAUGGAAGUUAACUGCCUUCUAUUAAAACACAAUGAAGUCACAGUAUCAUUACAAAAAGCUUACUCUUUGCUCCUUCAACCGCCUACAACAAUGAUUCAAUACAAAGUCUAUGCCUCACUCAGUAGACUCGGGUACAAAGUAUUUCGCCACAAAGGUCCUAAAACCAACGGCAAUAGACACUUGCCAAAACUCAGCAGACUUACUGAACUGAAGAAUAUUGACUCACCAAUCACAAGUACUGAUAAUGAAUCUGAAAAUGUUGAUUCACCUGCUGCUUACACAAAUAAAUCUGAUUAUUUAGAUUCGCCAAAUAUUAGUACAGGAAAUGAGUCUGAGAAUACUGAUUCUCCUGUAGUUCAAACAGUAAAUAAAUCUGAAGAAAUUGAAUCAGCGGUAACUGAUGUAAAUGCUACUGAAAGUGUAGAUUCUCAAGUAACUAAAAGCGACGAUAAAGUUGUAGAGAAUAUCAGUUCACCAGCAGCAAAUAUUGUUAGUGAUGCAAAUAUUCCUAUUCCAUUAGAAGAUACAGUUGUUGCAUCAGAACAUAUUGAUGCUUCCAAAGGUACAGUUGAUGAAAAUAAAAACGUCAGUUCGGAAAUAGAUAUAAAAACUGAUAAAGAGAAAGUAAGUGAAGAUAUUGGACUUGAAAUGGCUGAGAAUGAUAUUGAAACAAGUGACGAUAAGAACAUUGAUGAGAAUGUAGAAAAUACAAAUGGACAAGAUUCUUCAACAAAAGAAAAUGAUACAGCUAAUAUAAUGGAAGUGGAUGAAGUUGUUAAUUCAAAGAUUGCAAAUAACAAUAAUGAGAGUAUUGAAGAAGUAUCGUCAACAGUUACAGAAAUUGUUGAAAGUAAUAAUAUGGAGAUAUGCUCUGAAAUUCGGGAAGCUGCUAGUUCAGAGCCUGUAGCAAUGAAUGAAUGUGAUGGGAAUGAAGAUGUUGAGGUUACAGCAUCUGCAGAAGUUACGUCAGACGUUAUGGAUGCUGUGACUGAAGUCAUUACUGAUGACACAAAUAAAGAUGUCAGCUCUGAUGUGGAUGUACAAAUGGCAGGCGAUGCAGUUGUUGAUGCUGAUGCUAAGAAUAUAGAAGAAGACGGCGAUAAAUCUUUAGAAGAUGAAACAAACAAAGACCAAACUGGUGAAAACAAUUGCACAUCACCAGAAAAAGUAUCACCAGUAUGUUACCCUAAAGAUAAUAACACGGACUACAGCUAUUUGAGAAAAAUAGACAAAAUAACAAAAAGACAGAUAAAACCAAGUGAUCCUAAAAAAAUAGAGGAACAUUUUAAAAAUAUAUCAGAUUUUUCCAAAGAAUGUGUGGUCACUGUAAAUGUACCAGAUCAACAAUUUAUACCGAAAAAUAUAUUUGUGCAUAAUUCUAACUAUGUGUUAAAUUUGCACAAUAUCAAAAAGAGAUCAAUAAGGUCUGCCUCAUCUGAUGCAGCCUCUUACACAAGUUCCGACGAAGUUAAUGGAGCUAACAUAAGGAGAAUAAGAAGUAGCUCAGGCACUGAAUUUCCUCAAAAUCCAACCUUCUUUCCGAACAUACGGUUUCCUAGAACCAGCCAAUUCCGACCAUAUGGAUUUUGGCGUCCACAAAACAACAUGAACUUUUAUCAACUAAUGUUCUUCCAAACCCGUGUUCAGUUCCAUCAAAGGGCACAUCCAUUUUUAAGGCCGUCUUCCUAUAAUUUCAAUCCAAAUAAUCCUAACAUUAGCAAUAACGCCAGAAAAAGAAUGAGGAGUGGUAAAACCGCUCAUUUUCAAGGCAUUAAAAAUCUAGCUGUCAGAUUGAAACAAUCUCUCAUAUCUGGCAACACUGAUAUGCGAAACCUAGAAUCUCUUCACGCUCUACUACAUUCUUACAAUUUGAGAUACAAAUCUAGACUGAGGUUAACUGAAAACUUCGAUGUGAUAAAUGAAGAAAAGAUUGUUGAAACUAUUGAACUGGAUGAUGAUGAAGAAUCUAAGAGCAAAAAACCUAGGUUGGAACAAGAAGAAGAUAAGUUUGAUGAAAAUAUGUAUAGGCUUAAAAAGCUAGCAUUAAGAUUACGAGAUCUUGAAACUAAGGACAAAGCAACGGCUACUCAUAGAAGAGCAUUUUCUAAAGCAAUCAAAACAUUCAACAAGUCUUACAAUGCUGAUGUAUAUUUAGAUGAAGAUAGCUAUGAAGUUAUAGACAGAAGAUGUAUUACACUAGAUUCCAGUUCAGAAUCCGAUUGCAUAGUCGAAGAAGAAGCGGAGGCAAAUAAAAAGAAAGGAAAAAGAUUAAGGAAUCCAUUCAAUAUUCUUAAACGUAGGUCAGAGAGAUUGAAGUCAUUAAAUAACCCUGGUACAAGCAAAGACGAUAGCAAUUCAGAAAGUAAUAAAGUUGUAUCUGACCAAGUUAUUUCUGAAGAAGAUCACAAGAAGUAUAAUGAAUGUCUAAAUAAAGUCUUUGAUGAGACUUGGCUUCCAAACGAAAAUGAUUUUGGAAGAGCAGAAAUCGUACCAAAAGCUUACAUGAAUUCUCGACUUAUACAUAACAAUAAAGAACAAUACUUGUUUGACUUUCUGAGGGACCAUUUAGAACAUCAUGAAAAUUGGGCUGAAGUUAAAAUAUCAUUUUUGAAAUAUUUAGAAGAAAGUAGUAAUGCAUUUAAAAAAGAACAGGCGCAAAUUCUGGCUGAUUCCGAAUUGUGUGAUUCAGGGUUGAAACCGUUAAUCGAUUUUGACGACAGUUCCGAUAUGCCCUCUGUGCUAGAAAAAUUACGAAUCAUAAGUAAUAACAAAGAUAUUGAUUCAGAAACUAGUCUAAGAAUAGAUUUCGAUGUGUACAACAGAGAUGUACAGAACUUUAGGAAGAGGAGUCCGCCAAAACCGCAUUUCAGAAUUAUUUGUAUUGAUAUAUCAUCGGGUCUCCCUUCGGCAGUGGAUGUAAUGGCCCUUCACUCAAAAUAUGAAGAUAACGUAGCAAUAGUUUUCGCCAUAGUUGAUACAGGAUCCAUUUCCUACCUACAAAUAAAUCCCAUAGACUUACCCAUAUAUGUUCCAAAUAGCGAUGUUGUAUAAACUAUUUAGCGGUAAGUUGUAUAUUUUGUACAAACAUUCUAUUAUACAUAAAGAAAUAUGUAGCCGUAAAAUAUUAAAAAUAUUUCGUGCAUAAUUUAAGUCAAUGUUAUGGUUUAUUUUAUCUAUCAUUGCUUUUAAAAACUGAAUAAAAGUUAAUUGUUUUAAGACUGUUUAUAAAUUAAGGCAUUAUACUGAAAAAAUAAAAAUAGUAUAUCUUCAAAAAUUUCAGUUUGGUUUCUGAGUACAAUAUUGUAAUCUGUAUCUUUUGGUUACGAAAAAAGCCAAUCACUAUUACCAACAUUUUUUGAAAUCAAACCCAUCAUAGAUUAUUUUCUCUAUAAUGUUAGUAACCAGUAAACAAUAUUCACAAAAUAAUUUAAAUAUUGAAGAUGUCAUUUAAAACUUCCAAUAAAACCAGUUGAUUGUUUA